AUGGGUGCUACUCUUAGUGAACCCGUGACUACUAAGGACACAAAUGCUAUACGUAAUGAAGAUUAUAUCGUUGGAAGUUCAUGUAUGCAAGGAUGGCGUCUAGAUAUGGAAGAUGCACAUACCCAUAUUUUAUCUUUACCAGAUGAUAAAGAUACUUCAUUUUUUGGAGUAUAUGAUGGGCAUGGAGGUCCUAAAGUUUCUCAAUUUGCUGGGCUGAACUUACAUAAAAGAAUUGUUCAAAGUGAAAAAUUUAAAAGUGGUAAUAUUGAGGAAGGAAUAGUUGAUGGUUUUAUUGCGUUAGAUGAGCAGAUGUUGAAUGAUGAAUUUAUGAAGAAAGAUACAAGUGGUUCAACUGCUGUUAUAUGUCUUAUAAAAAAUAAUAUACUUUAUACAGGAAAUUCUGGUGAUUCUCGUGCUGUAGCAAGUGUUAAUGGUUGUGCAAUUCCAUUAAGUUAUGAUCACAAACCUCAGAAUGCUGAUGAGUCACGUCGUAUUUAUGAAGCCGGUGGUUUUGUUGAAUUUAGUAGAGUUAAUGGAAAUUUAGCUCUUUCCCGUGCCUUGGGAGAUUUUUGCUAUAAACAAAGGGAAGAUCUUUCACCAUCAAAGCAAAUUGUUACUGUUGUUCCAGAAGUUACAACUCAUAAAUUAAAUAAAGAUUUUGAAUUUCUUAUUAUUGCCUGUGAUGGUAUUUGGGAUGUUAUGUCUAAUCAAGCUGCAGUUGAUUUUGUCAGAGCUAAAUUGGCUGAGGGUAUCCCUCCAGAGGAAAUUUGUGAAAGUAUGCUUAAUCAUUGUUUAUCACCAGACAGUAAAAUGGAAGGAUUAGGUUGUGAUAAUAUGACACUUAUUAUUGUAUGUCUUUUACAAGGUGAUACUCAAGAAGAAUUUAUUCAACGUGUAAAAAGACCUGCCGAUUUUACUACAAUUGAAAAAUUUGAUAUAAAACCUGAAGAAACUGAGCCAUAUAUUCCACCAGAAGAUACAAAUCGUGGAAGUUCAUCUCCAAUUGGACAAACCAUUAGAACUGCUAGAGAACUUCAAGAAAAUUUAGAUAGGUUUAGAAACAGUCUAUCAAAUGAACAAGAUGUGCUAGAAUGCUUUUCUGCUAUAAGAGAUGUAUUUGGAAUUGGCAUUAAUGAAAAUGAAGAUAAUUCGCCUCCACAAGUUUUUGAUGUUGAUAAAGAAGAUGAAAAAAAAGAGACUAAAGAAUGA